AUGGAACUGCCUAGCCUCAACGCCAGAUACCAGCGCCUGGCUGCGGGCGCUCCGUCUGCGCCAGGCCGCACACCUCUGACCAUCCCCAAUGUUCUUCUGCUGGCGCUAGCCGUCAUAUCAGCAACCGCGGGCGCUUUGAUCGGACGGCGAACGGCCGACUCACUGGUCCCACUCAAGACACACAGGGAAGUCUUCGUAUAUAAUCGGACGUUCAGCGAUGAUCCCCGCGUAGACGACAAUGCCGUUGCUGCAUGGGACUCGGUUGUUCCUGGUGAACUCCACCUUAGCAGUCUGGUCAACCCGCCAGUGCUAGUGCUGAUUGCACUGAUCUGGAAACUAUGUGUGCUAUACCUCUGGCACCGAAAAAGCCUCUUUGUAUACCCUGUCAGUGGUCCACCAACUCCACUGCCUGGAUGGGGCAACGAGCGCGUCUAUCGCGACUAUGCUGAGUCUGAAGACGUGGGCGGAGGCGCGGAGAGUGAUUGGGAGUGGGGGUUUUCUUCUGAGCAUGGCCACGAUGGUCAUGCCUAA